AUGUUUUUUCUUCGUUAUCGGUAUAACCUAAAACAAAAAUUUUUCUGUUUUUAUACCCAAUCCAACGAUACCGCUGUAUCUUUAAUAUUAAAGAGAAGAAAAGCUGAUAUUAUGAAAUAUUUAAACGUGGCUGAAAAAAAUGAUGCUGCUAAAAAUAUCGCUCUUCACUUGUCCCGAGGAACAUCCAGGAGGUGUGAAGGAUUAUCUCAGUUUAAUAAAAUAUAUGAAUUUGAAAUUGAAGUAAUGGGACAAAAAAGUCAAAUGGUGAUGACAUCUGUAUCAGGGCAUUUAUUAGCAUUAGAAUUUGUGGGAUCUUAUAAGAAUUGGCAGUCAUGUGAUCCGCUGUUACUCUUUGAUGCACCAGUUUUCAAAUACUGUCCUGAAAAUUAUGACAAAAUAAAGAAAACACUAGAAAGGGAAGUGAGGAGUUGUCAUGGGCUUAUAAUAUGGACAGAUUGUGAUAGAGAAGGAGAGAAUAUAGGAUUUGAAAUAAUUGAGGUGUGCAAGGCAAUAAAAAAUAACCUCAAUGUGUUUAGAGCAAAGUUCUCAGAAAUAACAGGUGUAUCUGUAAAGAGGGCACUGCAAAACCUGGAACAACCUAAUAAAAAUGUCAGUGAUGCUGUGGAUGUUAGACAAGAGCUUGAUUUGAGAAUUGGUGCAGCAUUUACUCGAUUUCAAACAUUAAGACUGCAAAAGGUUUUUCCCAGCAAAUUAGCUGAAAGUCUAGUUAGUUAUGGUUCAUGUCAGUUUCCAACACUGGGUUUUGUUGUGGAAAGAUAUAGGGCAGUUGAAAAUUUUGUAGCGGAACCAUUUUGGAAGAUAAAAGUGAAUCACACUAUGAACGAUCUCAGCGUAGAUUUCUCGUGGGAGAGACACAGACUAUUUGAUCGUGAAGCAUGCCAAGUAUUACAUGACAUUUGCAUCGGAAACCCACAAGCGAAAGUGUGUGAGGUCAAAACAAAACCAAAAUCUAAAUGGCGACCUCUACCAUUGGACACUGUGGAAUUAGAAAAACUAGCAUCCAGAAAAUUAAAAAUAAACGCAAAAGAAACGAUGCGAUUGGCAGAAAAACUAUACACACAGGGUUUUAUUAGCUACCCACGUACAGAAACUAAUGAAUUCCCUAAAGAAAUGAACUUAGGACAACUUGUUGGGCUACAAACAAGUGAUCCCAACUGGGGGGCGUUCGCGCAAGGCAUCCUAGAUAGUGGAGGGCCGACACCUAGGCAAGGAAAUAAAAGUGACAAAGCCCAUCCACCCAUACAUCCUACUAAAUAUACUAAUGCCUUAACAGGCAAUGAGCAGCGUCUCUACGAGUUCAUAGUGCGCUCUUUCCUUGCAUGCUGCUCGAAAGACGCUCAAGGGCAGGAGACAACCACCACUAUAGACAUUGCUAAUGAAAAGUUCAACGCAAGUGGACUGAUGAUCACAGCGAGAAAUUAUCUUGAUGUCUAUCCAUAUGACAAGUGGUCGUCAAAAGAAAUACAUCUAUAUCAAAUAGGUCAAACUUUUAAUCCAACAAGUAUUGACAUGGUAGAUGGCAGCACAGCUCCACCAAAUUUGCUCACAGAAGCUGAUCUCAUAGCCCUUAUGGAGAAGCAUGGAAUUGGUACAGACGCAACUCACGCUGAACACAUAGAAACAAUUAAGAAUCGUUCAUAUGUGGCCCUGGCAGAUGCUAUACAUUUUGUGCCGGGACUACUGGGUAUGGGUUUGGUGGAGGGUUACGAUUCGAUGGGUUUGAACAUAUCUAAACCACACCUAAGGGCGCAGCUGGAGGCAGACCUAAAAGCUAUAAGCGAAGGAAGAAAACAACCACAACAAGUUUUAGCAGAACAGAUAGCCAAAUAUAAAGAAGUGUAUCUUACAGUAGCGGCGGAGGCCAACAAAAUUGACAGUGCCCUCGCUGAAAGGUUUAACGAACGGCCCAACGAGUACACGCCCACCUCUACACAUUCCGUUUCAUCGCCUGCAGUUUUGAAAUGCCCCAAGUGCGGCACUGACAUGGUCGUAAGACAAAAGAAGAACAAUGCUGAUGAAUAUUACAUAGGCUGCAUGUCAUUUCCACAAUGCAAAAAUGCUGUUUGGCUGCCAACUAUCGUUAAAAGUUUGCAAGUAUUAUCUGAAACUUGUUCAUUGUGUGGACCUAAUUAUAAAAAAAUCAAAUUUGAAUGGAAGAACAAUUCUAUAAACCAUCUGUACCCACCCCCAUACACGGCUUGUAUAGGGGGAUGCGACACCACAUUCCUAGAAUUACUUAAAAUUAAUUUAUCUAGUGUCAGAACAGUUGGUCAACACACUACGGCACAGUCUGCUGGUAAUGUCAGUCGAUCUAAUAAUAAUAGCGCCAGAGAAACAAUUACAUCAUCAGUGAAUAGUAUGGGAAGAGUACAUAACCAAAAUAGGACGAAUUCUACUGCACAGUCGAGGCCAAAUAAUGCUUCAUCUACGACAUAUAGAAAUCAAAUUACUAAUAAUAAUAUGAUGCCAACAUCAAGAAAUAUGCCUGCCAAUGAUUCUGAUGAUAAUAAUGUUAUCUGCAGGUGCAAUAAAACGGCAUUAUUGCUGACUGUUCGAAAACAAAAUCAUAAUUUUGGUAAAAAGUACUAUAAAUGCCCAGUUGGGAGAGAAAAUGGAGGUUGCGACUUCUUUCUGUGGGCGCCAGAGUCUGAAAACGAACAGCAUCCCUUCAUUACCCCGCCGUCAAACGAUUCCUGGGGACAGGAACCUACGACAUCUGCAAACAACACGAGUACAAGGGGUUGGGGUACAGUGCCAAAUGUCUCCAGGGACAGUUUCCCAGAAAAUGAUGAAGGGGUGAUGUGCAAUUGUAGCCUCCCUGCUAAAAAGUUAACAGUUCACAAAGAAGGACCGAAUAAAGGCCGCACGUUCUAUGCCUGCUCUAAAGAAUACAAUCGCCGUUGCAACUUUUUUCAAUGGGGCGACGAAGGUGUUAGUAAUGAUUGGAGCGCCAGUGGUAGUCGAGGACGUGGCGGAGGGAGGGGCGGUAGAGGAGGUCGGGGAGGCAACGGAGGAAGGGGAGGAGGAGAUGCGCCCCGUGCCAGGAAAUGUGGUCACUGUAAGCAGGAGGGACAUACUAGAAAUCGCUGCCCGGCUCUCGUCGACUGAUAGUUUUAAGCAUACGUCUCGUUAUGUAUAUACAAUUUAGAAACUUGAAAUUUUAUGUUUUUAAAGUUAUAAAUGUAUAUUUACUAAAUAUAUGGUCUUUUUAUAUUGAAA